AUGCAAAUAAAAUAGAAGGCCUUAGGGUUAUUGCUACUGUUUAUGUUGUCUGGGGUUUAGGUGAUGACUCAAGAUUUGACAGAAGAGUAAAGAAAGGUUUUGGAAUAAUCUUAAGAAACACAUGAGUUUCAAGCAGAAACAGGAAGAUUGAUGGAUAUUUUGAUAAAUUCUCUUUAUACUUAAAAGGAAAUAUUUCUGAGAGAGUUAAUAUCAAAUGCAGCAGAUGCACUUGAUAAAAUUCGAUUUUUGAGUGUAAAGAAUCCAGAGAUAUUGGGUGAGAAAACAGAAUUAGCAAUAAGAAUAGAGAUAAACACAGAAGAGAAGACAGUUUCUGUAACAGAUAGUGGUAUUGGUAUGACUAAGAAUGAUUUAAUAUCAAAUUUGGGUACAAUAGCAAAAUCAGGAACAACUUAAUUUAUUGAAGCAAUAAAAGGAGGUAAUGUAAAUUUGAUUGGUUAAUUUGGUGUUGGUUUUUAUUCAUGUUUUUUGGCAGGUUAAAAGGUUUCAGUUGCAUCAAAAAAUACAGAUGAUGAUUAAUAUAUAUGGGAAUCAUAGGCAGCUCAUUCAUUUGCAGUAUCUAAAGAUCCCAGAGGAAAUACUUUAGGUCGUGGUACAUAAGUCACAAUUCAUUUGAAAUAAGAUGCUGUAGAAUUUGCAGAAGAAAGUACAAUAAAGGAAUUGAUAAAGAAAUAUUCAGAAUUUAUUAAUUUCCCAAUUUAUUUGAAGGUGACAAGAGAGAUCUCAAAAUAGGUUGAAGAUGAUAGUGAAUAAUAAUAAUAAGAUGAUUAAUAAUAAUAAGAGAAUACAGAUGAUGAUGAAGUUAAAGUAAAAGAUGAUGAUGAUGAUGAUGCAGAUACAAAGAAGAAAGCAACAAAAACAAUAAAAGAGAAAGUAGCAGAAUGGGUUUAAAUAAAUGAGAAUAAAGCAAUAUGGUUGAGACCAAAAGAAGAGAUAUCUGAUGAUGAUUAUAAGAAAUUCUAUAAAGUCUUAUCUAAGAAUUCUGGUGAAGAUCCAUUUAAUUGGGUACAUUUCAAAGCUGAAGGAGAAGUUGAAUUUACAUCUUUAAUUUAUAUUCCAAAGAGAGCACCUAGUGAUAUGUUUGAUAAUUAUUAUGGUAAAUAGACUACAAAUUUGAAAUUAUAUGUUAGAAGAGUGCUGAUUAGUGAAGAAUUCGAAGAUAUUCUACCAAGAUAUUUGAGUUUUGUUAAAGGUGUUAUAGAUUCAGAUGAAUUACCAUUAAAUGUUAAUAGAGAAACACUUUAAUAACUUAAAAUGUUAAAAGUUAUUAGUAGAAAGAUUGUUAAGAAGAUAUUAGAAUUAUUCUAAGAUUCAGCAUCUUAUGAUGAAGAAGAUGAAGAAGAUUCAGAAGAAGGAGAAGAAGAUGAAAAUAUGGCAGAAACUACACCUGAAGAACAAUAAAGAUUAAAAGAUGAAAAAAGAAAGAAGAAAAUUGAUGAAUAUAAUGAAUUUUGGAAAGAGUAUGGAAAAAACAUUAAAUUGGGUGUUAUUGAAGAUUCUUCUAAUAGAUAGAAAUUGGCUGAAUUAACAAGGUAUUUCAUUAUUUAAAGUAUAAUUUUAGAUGGUACUCAAGCAAAAACUCAACUGAAUUGACAUCAUUUGAUGAUUACAUUGAGAGAGCUAAACCAGGAUAAGAUUCAAUCUAUUAUUUAGCUGGUGAAAACAAAGAAUAAUUAUUGGCUUCACCUAUCAUUUAAGGAUUACUCAAAAAAGGAUAUGAAGUUUUAUUGUUAGACGACCCAGUUGAUGAAUUCACAUUUUAACAUUUGAAUGAAUAUAAAUAAAAGAAAUUAGUUAAUGUUGGAAAAGGUGAUUUCAAAUAACCUGAAGACAAUGAUGAAUAAAGAAAAAAAUAAAAAGCAUUAAAGAAGGUUUUCUAGCCAUUGACUGAUUGGUGGAGAAAAUUAUUAUCAGAAAGUGUUGAUUCUGUUAUUAUUUCACAAAGAUUAAUUGAUGAUCCAAUCAUUGUUGUAUCAUCUGAAUCAGGUUAUUCAGCCAAUAUGGAAAGAAUUUCUAAGGCUUAGGCUUAUUCAAGUAAAUCCGGUUCUCAUUAAUUUGGUAAGAAGAUUGUUGAAAUAAACCCAAAUCAUUAAGCCAUUCAAGAAUUACUUUAAAGAGUGAAAGAUGAUCCUGAUUAAGAAACUGAAGAAAUGGCCAGAGUAUUAUAUGAAGCUGCUUUAGUUAAUUCAGGUAUUUUGUUGUAUAUAUUUUAGGUUAUUCUAUUCCUAAUCCUGAAAAAUUCGCUAGUAGAUUUUAUAAAUUAUUUAAUUCUGCUUUGGGAAUUGAUAGAGAUGCUCCAAUCAAAGAAUUUGAGGUAGAAAUUGAAGAAGAACCAGAAACAUCAGAAGCACCUCAAAGUGAUGACGGAACUAAAUGGGAAAAAGUAAAUACUGAUGAUGCUAAAUGGGAAACCGUCAAUGAUGAUAAAAGAGACGAUUUAUGAUUCAGUUAAACAUAU